CUACUACGUAAGUUGGUCUUUAUCUAUCUGCUAAUCUGUCUAUCUAUCUAACUUAUUUUUAUCUAUCGCAUGGUGGACGCGACGAGACUGUGACUAGCUACGAUUGCUACCAUCUGAUUACUAUUCCGCUACGCUACCCCACAUAUCAUACUACUGUCUGUAUCUAAACUAGAGCUCUUGACCGACCGACUGGCUGUUUUUUUCUUUUUUCUUUCGCACAUAUCCCUCUCCUCCCCGCACAGCUCUCUUCUCAUCCUCAAAUUCCAACAAGUCUUCAUCGUUGUCGAUGUCAAGAUGCAUCGAGAUGAACCUCUUCCCGAUCCGCCUUCCACUAGUUCUCCGCCAUGGAAGCUCGCUUUUCGCUCCUCCAGGGCGUUUGUGAUCUCAGUGGUGGCUAUUGCGGUCUUCACGGAUGUGUUCAUUUAUGGCAUGAUCGUCCCUAUCUUGCCUAUUGUGCUCAAAACACGCGUGAUUGUAGCGGAAGAUGAAUUGCAAAAAUGGAUGUCAAUCAUGCUGGCCGCGUUCGGCGGUGGUAUAUUCUUCGGAUCCCCAAUAUUCGGUUAUUUCGCGGACAGAAGCUCAUCACGCCAGCUUCCGUUUCUUAUUGGACUGCUCGCGCUCGCCGGGACGACUAUCGUGUUCUGGUUCGCAGAAACAGUAUCGUCCUUGGUCAUUGCACGCAGUCUCCAAGGAUUGUCAGCUGCUGUGGUCUGGACUGUUGGUUUGGCUCUUGUUGUCGACACGGUGGGCAAGGAUCAGGUGGGAGCUGCAAUGGGAUAUGUCUCGAUGGCACUGACUGUGGGGACGGUGUUUGGUCCAUUCAUUGGAGGGAUCAUGCUGUCGCGAGUGGGCUAUCAUGCGGUAUUUGUAUUGGCAAUUGGGUUGAUAGUGCUAGAUAUCUGUCUUCGGCUCGUGAUGGUCGAACCCAAGAAUGCUGCGCAAUGGAUCCAGUCGGGCAGUGGCGGAGAGACACAAGCUCUGCUAAAUGAAGCCGAAACACAUGGCGCUGGGUACGAUGCGAUUACCGCCAAUGCUAGAGCAGGACAGACAUCUGGCCUCGAUGACGAAUAUCUAACCGAGGGCAGCGGCGAGCCGCUGACCAGCGGGAGGUCGACCUCCGUACCUGGGAUUGUCCGCUUGAUAUUCUCAGGCAAGUUACUGGUCGUUCUUCUGGCGACGGUAGUGGAUGCCAUCAUCUGGUCCGCAUUUGAUACGGUGCUCCCGCUGUAUGUCAUGAAAACGUUCGGCUGGGGAUCAUUCGAAAUCGGGCUAUGUUUCCUACCUCUCUUUGCACCGUCUUUCCUCUCUCCAUGGAUUGGUGACGCAGUAGACCGUUGGGGAGCACUUCGGGUAGCCUUUGUUGGCUUCCUGCUCGAUUUCCCAACAUUACUGCUUUUUCAGCUUGUCGCACGCAACACGACCCAGGACCAAGUUCUUCUCUAUGUAUUCCUCUUCGUCGCGGGUGUCGCUUCGACCCUGCAGAUGGUCUCGUUGAUGACGGAGGUCAACAACGUCACGGAGCGGUACGAGCGGGAAUUCCCCGGUAUCUUCGGACAUCAAGGAGGAACUGCGCAAGCGUACGGGCUUUUCAAUGUCGCCUGGUCGGGCGGGCAGGUACUGGGACCCUUGGUCGCGGGUCUGCUAGUCGAGCGAGCCGGCUGGACGACAAUGGUGACGGUGUUGGGGGCAGUUAGCGGAGGCAUUUCCGUGGUUAUCGCGCUCUCGGAUCGAAGGGUUCUGCCAGUGAGGGAAAAGAAGUGACAUUCGACGUAGAUUGAUGGAAUGAGUUACGAUGCUAAGGCUGUGAUGAUGAUGAGUAUAAACGAUAAGUAACGAUUGAUGGAUCACAAGGGAUGGAGAUGAGAUGUUGAUACGAAAUCAAAAUGUUGAUGUAUGAUCAUUCGGUCGGGAGGGCAUAGUGAAGCCGGGAGGUCUGCAAGGGAGACAAUAUCGGUAAUUCCUCAGCGCACAUCUCCUUUCUAGAUAGAUAGGUUAAGGUUGAAGAUCUCCCGAGCCAGCAAGGGAGCCCGAUCUUCUAUCAAGGCUGCAGGGUCCAUCAAUUAUCUCAUGGCUGGUGUUACCCUGGCGAUUGAAGGAACGCGAUGGCAUCCAGGGCGGUUGACCGGGAGGCUGGAAUGGGGUCGACGCCUUUCACAGCACGCCUCCCCGUCGGUGUAUUGAGCGCCCAUCUGUAGGACCUUGGUACGAGACCAAACAAGUCAGCUUUUGGGAACUGUCACGACAUGAGGUGCAACUGGCAGAUCAACCAGGCAGGCAAAUGACGAGUCACCAACAGCAACUCACUAGCCAGCGGGUCUCAACGGCGCGGUCCACACGUGUUGCCUCGCCGCGGAUCCAACAAGAUUCCACGACGUCGUCCAGGGUUCGCAGAAGGCGCAACAUUGUUCGUGAUGGAUGCCAGAGAUCUGAUCGCAUCCAUUGGCAGUUACACCGUCUCCCCAACGAUAG